AUGAACGAGACUAGCAUUCAAUGUUUGAUAUGCAUUGGGAGCAUAAUCGCUAUUUUGUACGCCUAUUUUAGGCAUUCGUUCAAUUACUGGAAAAAUAUGGGUGUAUCUCAGUUAAACCCAACGUUUCCUUUCGGAGACAUGGCAGAUGUGAUUUUUAGAAAAAAAAAUAUGGGGGACAAAAUAAAAGAAAUCUACGAUAGGAUGAAGGGCGAAAAAUAUGUUGGUUUAUAUUUUUUUAGUCGCAAGGCAUUUUUACCUUUAGAUCCUGUACUAAUAAAACAUAUCCUUUCGAAGGAUUUUCAUCAUUUUUACGACAGAGGAAUUUAUUACGAUGAAGAAAACGAUCCCUUAAGUGCGCAUUUAUUCUCUAUUGCAGGGCCAAAGUGGAAACACUUAAGAUCCAAGUUAACUCCAGCAUAUUCUCCAAAUAAACUCAAGUUUAUGUUUACUACGAUUCUUGAUUGUGGCCAUCAAAUGACUGAUUUACUAAAAGUGAUGGCGGAUAAGGAUAGCACUAUUGAAAUUAAGGAGAUUUUGGCUAGAUAUACCACUGAUGUAAUAGGAUCCUGUGCCUUUGGUCUCGAGUGUAAUAGCAUGAAAAAUCCAGAAGCUGAGUUUAGAUUAAUGGGAAAAAGAGCUUUUACGCAGACUGUAGGGGAUGUUUUAAAAAUGGUUAUUAUAAGGAGCUUUCCUCGUUUAGCAAAAUUAUUUAAUUUUGGUGUAUUCUCCAGCCCAGUGACAAAUUUCUUUCAACGGGUUGUUAGAGAAACCAUUGAAUAUAGAGAAAAUAAUAAUAUUACCAGAAAAGAUUUUCUUCAUUUACUCAUUCAACUUAAAAACAAUGUAAACAUUGACACAGAUAAUAUCAAUAAAAAACAGGCUUCUGAUGGAACUUCAUUGACAGUUGAAGAAGCCGCAGCUCAGGCAUUUAUCUUCUUUUUAGCUGGAUUUGAAACUACCUCGACUACAAUAAGUUUUGCUAUGUUUGAAAUAGCUUCGAAUCAGGAAAUUCAAGAAAAAGUACGAGAAGAAAUGAAUAACGUAUUAAAAAAGUAUCAUGAAGAUGUAUCUUAUGAUAUGUUAAUGGAUUUGCCAUAUUUAGACACUGUGAUAUCAGAAACUUUAAGAAAGUAUCCGCCCGCACCGGUCUUUUUAAGGAAAUGCACAAAAACUUACAGAGUGCCAGACUCUGAUGUUUGGAUAGAAAAAGAUCUUUCGGUCUUAAUACCGGCCUACGGACUUCACAGAGACCCGGAGUAUUUCCCAGAGCCAGAUAAGUUUGAUCCUGACCGCUUCAAUGAGGAGAACAAAACAAAAAUUUGGGAUUAUAGUUAUAUACCCUUUGGAGAUGGACCAAGAGCUUGUUUAGGAAUGAGAUUUUCAAUGAUUCAAAUAAAAAUAGCGUUAAUAUUAACUUUAAAGGAAUUUAAUAUAACGUUAAGCAAGAAAACUAUAUUGCCUUUGCAAAUGGAAACAAAAGGGAUUAUCUUGUCGCCUAUUGGAGGCUUGUGGUUUAAUUUUAACCACAUAAAACAAUAA